CUCGGACACCCAAAAACCAAAAAUAAAAGUGGUACCCCACCCUUAACCGUCGUCAUCCCUAAUAAAACCAUUUCCAAAAAGUCACCCGCUCAAAGUAAAAACAACAUGAAGAAGAAGAAGUUAACACCGAUUUAGGCAGAGCAAGUGAUUCAGUUCUCACGCAGAAGGUACUCGCUCCCCAAACCAUUUUAUAAAUAACCACUUUCGCUUAAGAGGCCAUCGAGUUCGGUUCCGACCAUACGGAAUUUCCGAAAGUUUUUCUAUUUCCAGUGGUGUUAGAAAUAGAGAGAGAAUUAAAUGUGUCGUGCGUAAUUCGAGCUGAGAUUAAUAUUCGAAAAAAAAAACGACAGAAAAAGUCACUAGUAACUAGUGUGUGGAGAAAACGAGAAGAAUGUGGUGCGGUUGGACUUUUUGUGUUUUAUGGAUAGUGGCCAGUCUGGAAAGGAUGACGUGUGAUAAUCCAGAGUUUUCUCCUCCGGUGUUGUUUCUAAAGGCAAACAUAAAUGGGAAAUUAAUUCCGGAUAGUUUGGAAAUACUUCCAUCUACACCCAAGAGUUCUGGUUUUAUGAGGGAAGUUCCGGAACAUUUAUUGGAAACUCCACUUGGUGGUAUAAAGAAAGGACACACGACCAAACGGAGUGCGACCGACGAUCCAGACAACCUAAAUCCGGAAAACACGCGGGCCACAACAAACUUCAUGACAGACAUUCCAUCCUUAAGCCUCAAGAACGUCGUAACGGAAGUCAACGUGCAAGAAACCUUCAACGGACGUACCAUAGAACGAAAACCCACUGCAGAAGAACUCCAAGAGGUCCAACGAAAAUUCUACAACAACAAUGAGAUCGACAUUGAUGAUGAUGAUGCAAUGUUGAUGGACAAAGAACCUUCUCAUCAACAACCCGAAGAUGUCGAAGACAUAUUUCAGAAAGAGCCUUCUAUAGCAGAAGAUGUUGAUGAUAUGGAGACGAUCCUUAAGGAUAACGAGGACCCUUUCAUACCAGACAACGACGACGAAGAGUUCGACAAAAUAUCGGAGCUAAUCAACAAACCGUCCAGGAAGUUCUACCACACUCGAACGCAAAACUUCUCGAAAGUCAAGGAGUUUAAUAUCAGCAUCAGUGAGAGCGAGGGAGACUCCUUUGAUGAGCAAGAGAAAGACGCGGAGUCAGAUUGGACAGAGGAGAUUGAUUUUGCAGAGGAAUCCACCACCACCGAACCUAGACUUUUGAAUGUAAUUGAUACAGAAGCAAAUAGAGGUGAAGAGGUCAACACAGUAGCUUCUGUAGAGCUGGCCCUCUUGAAUGACCUUAAUCUGGAAGCAAAUGGAAGUGAAGAGAUGGAGAGAGCUUCAGAGGAAGGAAUCACUAAGUCUGCAGUUACUACAGAGUCAUUUUCUUUUGCUAAGGAAGUAGUAGUAGCGUCUGUAGAGUUUACAACGCUGAAAUCUGCAAGUGUAGAUCCCAAUAGCACCAGUGAACUGCAUGCAAUGAGAGCAAAUGGAAGUGAAGAGGCUUCAGUGGAUCUUACUCAGGAAAUAACCACUGACUCUGCAUUAAAUUCAUCUGAUGUUACUACAGAAUCAUUUGCUUUUGCUAAGGAAGUAGUAGCAUCUUCUGUAGGCUUAACAACGCUGAAAUCUGCAAGUGUAGAUCCCAAUGGCAUCAGUGAACUGCAUGCAAUGAGAGCAAAUGGAAGUGAACAACUGGGAAAGGCUUCAGUGGAUCUCACACAGAAAACAACCACUGAAUCUGCAUUGGAUCUAUCUGAUGUGACUACAGAAUCAUUUUCUCUUGAUAAGGAAGUAGUAGUAUCUUCUGUAGACUUUACAACUCUAAAAUCUGCUAGUGUAGACCUCAAUAGCACCAGUGAAUUGCAUCUAAUGAGAGUAAAUAGAAGUGAAGAGGCUUCAGUGGAUCUUACUCAGGAAACAACCACUGACUCUGCAUUGAAUUCAUCUGGUGUUACUACAGAAGCAUUUUCUUUUGCUAAGGAAGUAGUAGUAUCUUCUGUAGACUCUUCAACUAUAAAAUCUGCGAGUGUAGACUCCAAUAGCAACAACGAACUGCAUCCAACGGAAGAAAAUGGAGGUGAACAGCUGGAGAAAGUUUCAAGAGAUUUUACACAGGAAGGAACCAGCAAGUCUGCAUCGAAUCAAUCUGCAGUAAGUACAGAAUCAUUUUCUUUUGCUAAGGAAGUAGUAGGAUCUUCUGUAGACUUUACAACGCUAAAACCUGGAAGUGUAGAUCCCCAUAGUACCAGUGAACUGCAUGCAAUGAGAGUAAAUGGAAGUGAAGAACUGGCAAAAGUUUCAGUGGAUCUUGGACGAGAAGCAACCACCAAGUCUGUUUUGAAUCCACCUGAAGUGACUAUAGAAUCAUUUUCUCUUGCCAAUGAAGCAAAAGUAUCUUCUGUAGACUUUACAACCUUGAAACCUGCGAGUGUAGAUCCCAAUAGCACAAGUAAACUGCAUCCAAUGAGAGCAAAUGGAAGUGAAGAGUUGGUCACAGUUUCAGUGGAUCUUACACAAGAAGCAACCACUAAAUCUGCUUUCGAUCAAUCUGAAGUUAGUACAGAAUCAUUUUCUUUUGCCAAGGAAACACUAGAAUCUUCUGUAGACAGUAGCACCAAUAAACUGCAUCCAAUGAGAGCAAAUGAGAGUGAAGAACUGUCCAUAGCUUCAAAUUAUCUUACGCAAGAAGCAAGCACCAAAUCUGCAGUGACUACAGAAUCUUUUUCUCCUCCCAGAGAAGCAGACGUAUCGUCUGUAGACUUUACAACCCUGAAACCUAUAGUUGUAGACCCCAAUAGCACCAGUGAACUUCUUCCGAUGAAAGCAAAUGGAAGUGAAAAUUUUUCAACACCUUCAGUAGCUCCUACAGAGGAAGCAACCACCGAAUCUGCAUUGAAUCCAUCUGAUGCUACUACAGAAUCAUUUUCUCUUACCGGAGAAAUAGACGCAUCAUCUGUAAACUCUACAACCCUGUCACCUGCAGGUCCAGACCUCAAUGAACUGAAUCCUAUGGGAGCAACUGGAAGUAAAGAUCUAUCCACACCUUUAGUAUUUCUUACACAAGAAGAAACCACCAAAUCCGCAUUGAAUCCAUCUGAAGUGACUACAGAAUCAUUUUCACCUUCUAGGGAAGCAGACGUAUUGUCUGUAGACUUUACAACCCUGAAACCUACAGUUGUAGGCCCCAAUAGCACCAGUGAACUUAAUCCAAUGAAAGCAAAUGGAAGCGAAGAUCUUUCAACACCUUCAGUAGCUCCUACAGAGGAAGCAACCACCGAAUCUGCAAUGAAUCCAUAUGAAGUGACUACAGAAUCAUUUUCACCUUCUAUGGAAGCAGACGUAUCGUCUGUAGACUUUACAACCCUGAAACCUACAGGUGCAGACCCCAAUAGCACCAACGGUUUUGCCACAUUGGGGGUAAAUGCAAGUGAAGAGUUAACCACUUCUUCAAUAGACUUACUGCAAGAAUUAACCAGCAAAUCUGUAAUCUUAAGCACCAUUGAACCUGAUGUGACUACAGAAGCAAUGAGUACAUUAUCUUCUGUAGACUUUACAGAUGUACCAACCAUACAUGAGCAACUAACUGAGGACCAACAUAUUGAAGAAGAAGUAGCCACGGUAAUUCAAGAACUCACAGACUCAACUGUGUCACCAUUAACUGAUAAUAAUGACUUACCAAUGACAACUGAUGAGCCUCUGGUUGAUUCAACAACUGUAAAAACUAUUGACCCAGUUACAACUCCUGAAGAUGUCCAGAGACCACUUGAAGAAACUGUGACAGAAACAGUUGAAGAAUCUUCUGAAGAAUCCACCAUAUCGACCAUCCUAAAGCUUCUAACGAAAGUGGAACCGAGUCCUUCGGAGGUGGCCUCGUUGUUCAACAAGGAAUUGGAGGCGAUUGAGGAGUAUGAAGAGGACGACUUUGAUGAGGAGUCUACAGGAUCUACCGGAGGGUUCGACGGUUACGAGUUCCUUAAGAAAGCCAAGAAGACCGGACGGGUUGAGAUGGAACCGGUGCUGAGAGGUACGAUAUUGAACAACAGCGCCGAGUUUUCUUUGAAGAUUAGCAGGAAGAAUGAAACCUUUUACGUGCCGUCUUCUGCUCAUAUUGAAGAAUGUGAUAACGUUCUUAAUAUCACUUGGAGAUCGUUUGGUGGGAUGAACAACUCUGUAGUACUAAAGUUGUUGGAUAAAGAGGACAUGGGGUUCUACAUCAUCAAAGAGAUCAUCACUAAUUUAAUGUGGAAAGAAAACGAAUUUGUAUCAUUGAAGAAACCCGUGGCGAUCACUCCGGAUGCAAUUCUGGAUGAUACGAUGCCUGGAAGAAUCAGGGUUGUGAUGAUGAAGGAUGGGACCUACGUCACUUUCUCCAACGUGGAAUUCUUAAAGAAAAUCGCCCCGGUGUCUAAUGCAAGAGAAAAUCUAGACAACCCAUCAACCCAAUCGAAACUAUGGCAUUUCGAGAUAGCGACCAUCUGCUUAGUGUCGGCCAUCUUCAUAGCAAUUGUACUAUACGUGUUAGCAACCAGAACUAGAAAAGGACAGAUUGCACUGAGGGAAAAGGACGACCUGCCACAAGUGACGCAUUGUUGAGCAUAGUGACCUUAGUGUAAUAAAUAUUUAUAGUGUAAAAGCCAAAGACUUUCUGAGAGAUAUGAUAGGGAGGUUCUAUGAAUGUUCUAAGAAUAUUCCAUUGUUGUAAUAUUGUCAGAAUAUUCAGAGAAUGUUCCCUCGGCUAUCUGGGUUUAGUGUAAUAUGUCACGUGACAACAGAGUCAUAUAAAUAUGUUGGUUCUUGUUGGAAUCUUGUCAGAACAUUCCCAGAAUAUCCGUCUGCUUGAUUAAGUGUGACGUGAGUUAAGAGUGUAAUUAAAUUUGUUGGAAUAUUUCCAGGAUGUUCUCAGAACAUUCCUAGAAUAUUCUUCUCCAACUACUUGGGUUUAGUGUGGUGUGACUAGUGACUAGACUAGUAAUUGUAUAUAUUUUGUAUAAGAAAGUUUUUAGUGCCAUAACAUGAGAUAUACAUAUUACAAAUUAUCAUAUAAACAUAGCUAUAGUACAUAUUUUGUUAAAUUAAUAAAAUGUU